AGCGGGGUCGCGGCGGGGCGGGCGCCGAGCGGAGCAUCCCCCGCGCCGGGCAGCAUGGCAGCGGCCGGGGAGGUGGAGCCAGCCAGCAGCCACCGACCGGCACCUUAUCCGCUUUGAAUAAAUCCUCCUUUUUUCCUUCCUACCUGCGCAGGAAAACACGAAGGGGAAAAAAAAAAUUAAUUUUUUUUUUUUUUUUUUUAAAGCAGGGCUGGCAGGAGAAAAUAGGAGAGAAGCCAGGUGCGUAGGGCUGCCUCUGCCGGCUGCGGUAGGUGGAUGAGGAGCUGCCGCCAUGGAGCACAUCCGGAUGCCCAAGGUGGAAAAUGUUCGGUUACUUGAUCGUUUAUCUUCAAGAAAAGCUGCACUGGGAACUUUGUAUUUAACAGCUACCCAUGUCAUAUUUGUGGAGAAUGGUUCUGAAGCUCGUAAAGAAACCUGGGUUCUUCACAGCCAAAUUUCCUCUGUUGAGAAGCAGGCCACCACUGCCACCGGUUGCCCAUUGCUGAUCCGUUGCAAGAACUUCCAGGUCAUCCAGCUGGUCAUCCCUCAGGAACGAGACUGCCAUGAUGUUUACAUCUCUCUGAUACGUCUAGCACGACCAGUGAAAUACGAAGAGCUGUAUUGUUUCUCAUUCAAUCCAAAAUUAGAUAAAGAAGAACGAGAACAAGGCUGGAGGCUUGUGGACCUCACUGAAGAAUAUAAUCGGAUGGGUGUUCCAAACAACUAUUGGCAGAUUAGCGAUGUAAACAGAGACUAUGGAGUCUGUGACUCCUAUCCUACGGAAGUGUAUGUACCAAAGUCUGCGACUGCACACAUCAUAGUGGGGAGCUCUAAAUUUCGGAGCCGAAGGCGUUUUCCAGCUCUUUCCUACUACUGCAAAGAUAACAACGCGUCCAUAUGUAGAAGCAGUCAGCCUUUAUCUGGCUUUAGUGCUCGAUGCCUUGAGGAUGAGCAGAUGCUCCAGGCCAUUAGAAAAGCAAACCCAGGAAGUGAUUUCCUAUAUGUUGUUGAUACUCGGCCCAAACUCAAUGCAAUGGCAAACAGAGCAGCAGGGAAGGGAUAUGAAAAUGAAGACAACUACUCCAACAUCAAGUUUCAAUUCAUAGGCAUCGAGAACAUCCACGUCAUGAGAAACAGUCUGCAGAAAAUGCUUGAAGUUUGUGAGCUGAAAUCGCCUUCAAUGAGUGACUUUCUCUGGGGCCUAGAAAAUUCUGGCUGGCUGAAGCAUAUCAAAGCGAUUAUGGAUGCUGGCAUUUUUAUUGCAAAGGCUGUGGCUGAGGAAGGUGUGAGUGUGCUUGUUCACUGCUCUGAUGGCUGGGAUAGGACAGCCCAGGUGUGCUCUGUAGCGAGCCUUCUAUUGGAUCCGUAUUACAGAACUAUGAAGGGAUUCAUGGUGUUAAUUGAAAAAGACUGGGUUUCCUUUGGUCACAAAUUUAACCACAGGUAUGGAAAUUUAGAUGGAGAUCCAAAGGAAAUAUCCCCUGUUAUUGACCAGUUCAUCGAGUGUGUUUGGCAAUUGAUGGAACAGUUUCCUUGUGCCUUUGAAUUCAAUGAGAGAUUCCUCAUCCACAUACAGCAUCAUAUUUACUCUUGCCAGUUUGGGAAUUUCCUGUGUAACAGCCAGAAGGAGAGACGAGAGCUCAAAAUCCAAGAACGAACAUAUUCAUUGUGGGCUCACUUGUGGAAAAAUCGUGCUGAUUACCUAAAUCCUUUGUACAGACCGGACCACAGCCAAACCCAGGGGACCCUGCACCCACAGAUGGCUCCAUGCAACUUCUUGUACAAGUUCUGGAGCGGUAUGUACAACCGCUUCGAAAAGGGGCUGCAUCCUCGACAGUCAGUUACUGAUUAUCUGAUGGCAGUGAAGGAAGAAACUCAGCAGCUGGAAGAAGAGCUGGAGGUCUUAAGAGAGAGACUGGCGAAUCUUCAGAAAUCACAACUAAAUGAUAAUAAAGUCAAGAGUAAGCGACAAGAGCGAAGCAAAGAGUUAGGGCUUUCUACUUCCAACAACAGCUUAGCUAACACUCCCCAGGAGUAUAGCAAUGACCUGAAAUCAUUCCCGUCCCGGAGCCCUUCACAGGGGGAUGAAGAAGAUUCAGCCCUGAUUUUGACGCAGGACAACCUGAAAAGCUCCGACCCUGACCUCUCGGCUAACAGCGAUCAGGAGUCUGGCGUGGAGGACUUGAGCUGCAGGUCCCCAAGCGGGGGUGGCUGCUUGCCCAGUGAGGACAGUGGCAAGGAUUCAGACGAGGCUGUAUUUCUGGCAGUCUGAAACACCGUCACGACAGCAAGGAUCUGGAUGAAACUGAGUCUCCCACGGUCUGGAAUGACAUCUUUUCAUCAGAUAAAGAACGGAAGUGGUCUGUGGCCUAAAGAAAUAAUCCAAAGAAAGGGAACUGUGCAAUUGUGUAAGGAAGGACUGAAACAGAACAAGCCAUUAUUAGUUUUAAGACAUAAUGCUAAAGAAAGGUAAUAUCUGCUGUUAUAUUUAGUUAAGCCAAUGUGGUAUUCGUUUUGACUUUAUCAAUGUAUUGCUCAUUUAUCAAUGUAUCAAGGUCAUGUAAGUAUUCCUUACUUUGUACAUUUCCAUAAUUACUUAUUGUACAAAGUAAUAGUACUUUGGAAUUUCACGUCUUUGGAGAAGAACUCUCUUACACAUAGGAAUAAGGCUGAAGAUUCAUUAGCGUUAGCUUACUGGUGAAGCAGUCCAAACUGAUUUUUUUUAGAGCUCUUUGGCCUUCAGACAUAUUGUGUACAUUCUUCACUUUUUUUUCUUUUUUCAUGAGAGGUGUUAAAUUUUGAAUUCCAACAAUUAUUUGGCAUCUUCUCCUACUAGGAUCUUUUACGGCAAAGUAAAACUAACAAAGGGACAUGCUCGAUCCCGCAAAAACAUCCUUAAGUAAGCAGCUGCUGCUGCUGUACCCGAAGGCGUCCCGUUUGUAUCCAACCCUCAACCAGUGCUGAAAGUUCAGUAGUUUUUGUGAGCAAACCUUCAAGAAACACACCACCACUGACACAGCCUUCAUGGGAAAGCACGCCGUUGUCACCAAAGGCACAUCAGGCAGCAUACUCUGCCCUCUUGCCGCUUUGUUCUCAAGUUUGAUUGUUUAUAUCGUACCCUUGUUCCAAACUGCCUACGUAAGAUAUGAAGGUAAAAUUUUAAAGGUAAUAAACCCUCAGAUUCUCCAGCCUAUUUUGAUUCCUACUUGAAAAUGUUUUAUUUGAGUGGGCGUGAGGCACACAGACAUUAGAGAAAACAGGGAAAUCAAAACCACUUGUAAGAACCACUUAUGAAAGCAUCACUCCAAAUUCUGAAUUAAAGCUUUUGCCCAUAAAGGAACUGUUAUAAGGAAUAUUCCUUCCAAAUCUUAUUGUUGAAAAUAAACUAACCACAGCCAACGGGUUUUUUUAUCCUCACACAAAAUUUCCCUUUUAGUAUUUGCCAGCCUGAAGAGAGCAUGGCAAUGCUAAUUUAAAAAAAAGACUGAUUCGCCACAACAGAAAGUUUAAUCUCGUUGGGUUUAAGAAUUUUCAUAGUUUUUAAAAGUAGGAGUACUAGCUUUCAUAAUCACUGGUACGGAAGUAAACCACUGAAAACUGUUUACAAUUUGGGAUGUUCUGAAACUCACCAAAAAGGCUUCCAUAUCCGGAUGCAAUUCUUCCAAGGGUUUUUUUGUUGGGUUUGUUUUGGUUUUUUUUUUAAUUUAAGCAAGCAGUUAAAAAUAUAAUUGACAUGGCUGCUCUUACCUGCUUGGAGACAACGCGGUACUGAACUCCAGUAAAGCAAAGCAGCAGUAACUUAAGUUUACUUUGAUCGCGUCUCAUGCUCCUCCUUCAAAUACAGACUUACCGGCAGAAUCAAAUUAUAUAAAUAUACCUCAAUUUAGAAGCUUUACAUUUUAUUAUUCAGUCUGCUUUUAUGGAAUGGCUUUUCAUUCUGUUCUACGAACUUCUGGUAUCAAAAAUGAGUAGGUAAAUUAAUGUUCUCUUAAGGGAGCUGCUGUCUUUGAACAAAUAAUUCCACUCCUAACAGCAAGAUUUAUCUUAAUGUGAUACUGGAAAGGCCAGAUUCUCAAUUUGAUAAAUCACUGUAGCUCAACUGAAAUAAAUACAGCUAUAAUUUAUACUCGGUUCAGAAUCUAGCCUUCUGCUUUUUAAUCUUUACAAAUUUUUAAUAAAUGAAAGCCCUGAUUUUAAUUGCACUUUUAAAAAUGCUUCAUAUUUUGAACAUAGCCUGUAAAAUUUAUGGUAUUAAAGGACACUUUGAAUGGGUUUUCUCAAACUAAAGAAACGUGCUGCAAAGUCAGCAAUGAAAACUUAACACUCAAAUAUUCUGCCUAAAAAUGAGUUUGAAAACGGGCAAUAUUAUUGCACAGCUUUAAAGUGUAAAGUUGCGUAUGAUGGCAUCGUGUCCUAUUAGACAUGUCUAGAAAUAAAUGCGGCACAGCAAUAUAUGCAAAUUCAAAGCACUGUCUUCAUGUCGCUUAUGCAACUCUUUGUAACUCGCUUUACAGCUGAAAUAUUAACAUAUUAACAUUUUAUAUUAAGCCUUUACUUAGCCGCCCACUGUAACGUGUCUUUCAGUCCUUGGAAUUUUGCGUUGGCUACCUCCGUUUUCAUUGUAAUGGAUGUACCUGUGCCAUUAUCAGCCUGCUGAGAAACACCUUCAAAUAAACACUGAGGUCAUUUAGCGUUACGUUAUUUCACAGCCGUGAAUGAAACAAAGCUUUGCUUUCCCAAUUGUUGUAAUAUAGUUCUCCAUUUACUCAAGAAUCACUCUGUCACUGAGAUCAAGGGAUUUUUUUAUCUUCCCUACUUCAAUACUUGGAUACAGGAGUUUAAGCUGUGGAGGAACCUACAACUGAUAACCAGAACUGAGGCUGCUGUCACUUGAGUUAAUUACAUGCUACACCCCUAUAUAAUUUUUUUUUUAGGGAAUGCAAGACAAAAAGGAUGAGAAAACCACACUAUGAACUACAGAUUUCUUGUAGCGAUAUCCCCUCUGCUGCAAAUCCUUGCGCAUUUAGCACGAGGGCACUGUAAUUUGAAAUGGGACACACAUGAACGGAACUAAACAGCUGGGAAAAAAGUAACAGAAGAGCAUUACAGAAUUCUGUGCUGUAAUUUCAGCCUCCCUGGGUUCAGGCUGUUCUUUAGUAUGAAAAUGUGCAAAUAAAGGAUGCUGAAGGUGAUGGGAUCAAACAGAUGAAGCUUCCUCUAAAAAGAUCACCACCUAAAGACCAGAAAUAAAACUGUAUUCAGUAGCUGCCUUUAUUGGCAGCUCUCUGCAAGACAUAGACGAAGGCAGCAAACUGGCAAUGUGUUCUGAAAAGCUGAGAAAUAAGCAGUUGGAGGGCACAACUCAGACUGAAGGAUAUCACUAAAAGUAAGGAGAGAAAAAGAAAAAAAAAAACCAAACAAAAACCAGGAAGGAGGCAGGGGAAGAAAGCUCUUUGUAAAAUUAGCAGUAAGGCGGCAAACUACAUUCUUUGAAGGCAGGGGCAAGCCAGAGCACCACUUUACGCUGCAUGAAAGAUGCCUGACGACACAAACCAAUAACAAUUAAAACCCAGCGACAACAAGGAGGCAGCUUUGCAACGAAGGUAAGCAUUGUGUCGCUGCUGACCAGCUAACUCGCUGCUUUUAUGUGGAUGCUGCCCUGAUCUGCACAGAGAGUCCUCAGCUUCAUCCCAAACAUCACAGUGGAGGCAACGAGCUGCUCCUGUGCGCGGGCUGGAGGUCCAGGCAGUUUUUAGGUUGGCUGGUCACCCUGCCACCCUAGUGCAGAGACACCACGGGGACUGAAGAGUCCUCCCAGGACAGGUAAGUCACUGACAAUUCCUUUGGGAAGGGAGGAACAUGUGGUGGGGUAAGUUAGGAGUAGGGCAACUUAUCACAGUACUAAGACCAGUGAAAAAUCUGCCAAAGAUCCAGGGCCAAGCGUGCAGCAAACCCCGAAUUCAGAGAGGCCAGAAACACUGGGGGCGAUGAGAAGAAAAGGUAAAAUAAGCAUUCAAUUUACUUAUAUUAAUUAAAUUGCCAGUAGAGCACCUGGAGACGGCUAAUCAAAUCACGUUAAGUCUUAAAAUAAAAUUUAGUGCUUUUUUAAUGUAAAUAAUUUGGGAAAGAAGCUAAUGAAACCUUGUAGGUCCACCAGAAUCGUUGUGACUGAAUUCAGGCAAGGACUCAUUUUUAAGUGUGCUGGUUGCCAAGGUUAUUCCGAUGAAUCUAAUCU